AGUUACAGUUCAACUGGCAGGGAGACAGGCAGGAACCAAGGAACAUCUAGAAAACAAAACAUCACCAGCUGGAUGCCCACGCUUAACAGUUGUUCCAGUGCGGGGUAGAUAUAUUUUACACAUCCAAGGACUUUGCAUAGCCGCAUCGAUUUAAUGGUCUUUUCCUUGAUGUCAAUUCACAGCUGCAUCUGGACCAAUUGACCAGACAAGUGAGUGGGGUCUUUUGGUCAUCAGUGAGCAUCGAAGAAAGUAGUUUGUUUUUCCUCCCUUGUUGGCCACCAAUGAGCUGUCUGCAUCUCGCCCUCAAGUCAAGAUGGAGUGCCUGACCCCGGGCUGGCACCAAGACUGAUUUACACCCCUCCCCCCUUUCCCGAAAACUCGCCAUCCCCACCAUGGAGAGGAAACGCCGAAAGAAAUUAACUCGAUAGGAAUAUGAACCAUGCGUAGAUCUGCCUCUGGUGGAUUUUGGACCUGAUCUGAAAUCUGGCCUGUUGGACAGAAACGCACCUGAUGCUUUUGUUUCUUUUAGCCUGGCUUGCCACAUUGAUGCGCCACACACACUGGCUUACCACAUUGAUGUUGUGCCCUGUGUCUGACUGUUGAGAGGCGAGCGUGAGCAGCCUGGGCGCCACACGCGCCACACACAGAGGGACAGAGGCACGGAGGUCUCCAUAUGACCUUUGACCUGAAGAACGCCAUGGCGACGGCGGGACCGAGCGUCCUCUGGCUCUCCAUGAUGGCCACCUUGCUGCUGGCCCGCCUGGCACUCGUCGGCACGGAAACGGACAGAGAGGAGGACGCCACCUUCCACCAGCAUGAGGGACUGCAGGCCCCCAACUGCUCACAGAUGACACUCAAGGUGGAGUUCUCCAGCAAAGUAGUGGAGCAUGAGUACAUAGUGGCGUUUAACGGCUACUUCACGGCGAAGGCGCGUAGCCACUUCAUCAGCAGUGCGCUGCGGAGCGCGGAGGCAGGGGAUUGGCGGAUUGUGCGGCGUGAGAACCCGGCGAGCGAGUACCCGAGCGACUUCGAGGUGGUCCAGAUACGCCAGGCGGCACGCGAACGCCUGCUGUCCCUGCAGGACCACCCCUACGUCAAACGCGUCACGCCGCAGAGGAAGGUCUUCCGCACGCUGAAGCUAGUCGACCCUCCGGGUGACUCGGGGAGCCCGUGUAACGACACACGGUGGACUCAGAAGUGGCAGUCGUGGCAGUCGUCGCGGCCGCUGCGCCGCACCAGCCUCUCGCUGGGCUCGGGCUUCUGGCACGCCACCGGCCGCCACUCCUCACGACGCCUCCUACGGGCCAUCCCACGACACGUCGCACAGAUACUACAGGCGGACGUGCUCUGGCAGAUGGGACACACAGGGUCUGGAGUGAAGGUGGCAGUGUUCGACACAGGGCUUAGUGAGAAACAUCCGCACUUCAAGAAUGUCAAGGAGAGAACCAACUGGACCAACGAGAAGACACUGGAUGAUGGCCUGGGCCAUGGCACCUUUGUGGCCGGGGUGAUCGCCAGCAUGAGGGAGUGCCAGGGCUUUGCCCCCGACUCUGAACUACACAUCUUCAGGGUUUUCACCAACAACCAGGUGUCCUACACUUCCUGGUUCCUGGAUGCCUUUAACUACGCCAUCCUCAAGAAGAUCGAUGUGCUGAACCUGAGCAUCGGGGGGCCAGACUUCAUGGACCAUCCCUUCGUGGAUAAGGUUUGGGAGCUGACUGCCAACAGAGUGAUCAUGGUGUCUGCUAUCGGGAACGAUGGACCGCUCUAUGGCACUCUGAACAACCCAGCUGAUCAGAUGGACGUGAUAGGCGUGGGAGGGAUUGACUUUGAGGACAACAUCGCCCGCUUCUCCUCCCGCGGAAUGACCACCUGGGAGCUGCCUGGUGGUUACGGCCGCGUGAAGCCGGACAUUGUGACGUACGGCUCAGGGGUGCGUGGCUCGGGGAUGAAGGAGGGCUGCCGCUCGCUCUCAGGAACCAGCGUGGCCUCACCUGUGGUAGCCGGCGCCGUCACCCUACUGGCCAGUACUGUGUUGAAUCGUGAGCUGGUAAAUCCUGCGAGUAUGAAGCAGGCCCUGAUUGCGUCCGCGCGGCGCAUCCCCGGCGUGAACAUGUUCGAGCAGGGGCACGGCAAACUGGACCUGCUGCGUGCCUACCAGAUCCUCAACAGCUACCGGCCGCAGGCCAGCCUGAGCCCCAGCUACAUCGACCUGACUGAGUGUCCGUACAUGUGGCCGUACUGCUCGCAGCCCAUCUACUACGGCGGCAUGCCCACCAUCGUCAACGUCACCAUCCUCAACGGCAUGGCCGUCACCGGGCGCAUCGUAGACAAGCCCAUCUGGCAGCCCUACCUGCCCCAGAACGGCGACCAUAUUGACGUGGCGGUGUCCUACUCACCUGUGCUGUGGCCCUGGGCUGGCUACCUGGCUGUGUCCAUCUCUGUCGCCAAGAAGGCCGCAUCAUGGGAGGGCAUCGCCCAGGGACACAUCAUGGUCACCGUGGCGUCACCUGCCGAAAAUGACUCUGAGGUGGGUGGGGAGCUGACCUCCACAGUCAAGCUGCCAGUGAAGGUGAAGAUCAUCCCUACUCCUCCACGCAGCAAGAGGGUGCUGUGGGACCAGUACCAUAACCUGCGCUACCCCCCUGGCUACUUCCCCAGAGACAACCUGCGCAUGAAGAACGACCCGCUCGACUGGAACGGUGAUCACAUCCAUACCAACUUCAGGGACAUGUACCAGCACCUGCGCAGCAUGGGCUACUUUGUAGAGGUGCUGGGGGCGCCGAUCACAUGCUUUGAUGCCAGCCAGUACGGUACGUUACUAAUGGUGGACAGUGAGGAAGAGUAUUUCCCAGAGGAGGUGACCAAGCUGCGUCGUGACAUCGAUAACGGCCUGUCACUUAUCGUCUUUGCCGACUGGUACAACACCUCCGUCAUGCGCAAGGUCAAGUUUUACGACGAGAACACCAGGCAAUGGUGGAUGCCGGACACAGGGGGCGCCAACGUGCCGGCUCUGAAUGAGCUGAUCUCAGUGUGGGGAAUGGCCUUCAGUGACGGGCUGUACGAGGGAGACUUCAGCAUGGCCGACCACGACAUGUACUAUGCUUCUGGUUGCAGCAUCGCUCGUUUCCCAGAGGGGGGAACAGUAAUUGCUCAGACGCUGAAGGAUCAAGGUCUUGAGGUGUUGAAGCAGGAGACAGCCGUGGUGGAUAACGUGCCCAUCUUGGGCCUCUACCAGACGCCUUCAGAGGGUGGAGGGCGCAUCGCUCUCUACGGAGACUCCAACUGCAUAGACGACAGCCACCGCCAGAAAGAUUGUUUCUGGCUGCUGGAUGCUCUGCUGCAGUACACGGCCUACAGCAUGACGCCCCCCUCCCUCACCCACUCCAAGAGCAGAGUGGCCCCUCCUACAGCCACUGACCAGCCACUGCCACAGAGGCUAGAGGGUAAUCAUCUGUACCGCUACUCGAAGGUGCUGGAGGCUCACCUGGGCGACCCUAAGCCACGCCCUCUACCUGCCUGCCCUCACCUGUCCUGGGCCAAACCACAGCCUCUCAACGAGACCGCCCCCAGUAACCUUUGGAAGCACCAGAAGCUGUUAUCAGUGGACCUGGACAAGGUGGUAUUACCCAACUCCCGAGCCCACCGGCCCCAGGUACGGCCCCUCUCCCCUGGGGAGAGCGGGGCCUGGGACAUCCCUGGAGGCAUAAUGCCGGGCCGCUACAACCAGGAGGUGGGCCAGACCAUCCCCAUGUUCGCCUUCCUCGGGGCCAUGGUGGUGUUGUCCUUCUUCGUGGUGCAACUGACCAAGGCCAAGAGCAAGCCCAAGCGCCGCAAGCCCCGCGUCAAGAAACCCACAUACCUGCAGCAGCAACAGACGACACUCAGCACUGGCAAGAACCCCACGGUUUGACCCUGGGAUGAGGGGUACCCCACCGCUCCCCUGGAGGGUUAGGGUACCCCACCAUGUGACCCAGGGAUUGGGUAGAGUGGGGGGGAUGGGUCAGCACUCUGUGGCCCUCGUAUUUGGGGUGCUGAGGUACCCCACAGUCUAACCUGGGGAUUUGGGGGUACUGGGAUGUCCCCUCUGACCCCUAUGCACAAGGGCAGGAACCCCACUGAUUGACUUUGGGGAGGGGGAACUGCAGGGUCCCCACACAGGGACUUGGAAUUGGGGGAGAUCAGGGAAAGGACUGACCCCUGUGAAACAUCCCAGUGUGAUGUUAGGAUGGAGGAUGGGUGACCGGCAGUGGGACCAAACCCAUUGCACAACUUACACGGACUGAACCCACAACACACUGAAACCUGGACUUGAGGAGACCCGUUCUCCCAAUGGCACUGCGUGUGUUUGAAAUGAAUGUGUAGAAGGAGACGUAAGGCUGUGUCCAAUGGAGAUUGCAGCCUUUUUUUUUUAUCACAAUGAUGACGUUCACAAUGAUGAUGAUGAUGAGCUAGUGCAUUCCGUUGCAGAUGAAGAUGAGUGUGAGGGUGUGUGUGUGUGGUCCUAAGGACGCGGCCCUAGUUUCCGCCUCACCUCAUUGGGGUGUCUCCUCUCUUGAAAAGAGAGCUUCUUCAUUCCAAGGAGGUCACGGACAGGCAUUUGGACCCAGCCCUGUCUGCUGCUCUCCUGUAUUUUUUUAAUUUAUUAUGUCAGUUUGACCUAAUCAUGUUUCAUGUCUUGGACUCCAGUCCCCCCAUGUGUCAAAAGAUGAUAUUUGAAAAAACUAAAAAAAACCUUUUUUGUAAAAAUACAAAAUGUGGAUUUGUGGAACAUUCGGAAGAUAAUUGUUUGUCUGUUUUUUGUUUGUUUGUUUGGGUUUUUUUUCUUCAGAUUUUUGUACUACACAGUAAUUUAGGCGUUUUGUCAUUUUGUUGUGGUCCUGGUCCUUUUUUAAAUUAAAUGUCCUUUUCCGAUUCAUCAUGUAAAUAGAAAGCCUGUUGGUCAAUGGUCGAGAAUCUUUUCAAAUAUAUCAUCAGUUAUAAAGCA